AUUUGUUUGGCGCAAUCACAACAAAAACCAGAAAACUAUUCAAUAACAGAACAUUUUACUAGAAGGCGAAUCGAAAACGAGAAAGAAAAUGCUGCUGUCACGAACAAAACCUGCAGCAAGUAACAACAACCAUUCCUUAGUGAAUCUAAGUGAAAUUACCAAAGCCCAACGAAUGGCAGUGUCACCUCAGGAAGUGCCAUCAGUCACUAAAUUCAUCGAAAAUCGGGAUUUCCAAGGAGCUAUUACUCUAUUAGAGUAUCAAAAACUAAACGAAAAUGCUAGCACGGAAACAGAUUUGUGGUUAGUAUACUGCGAAUUUCAUCGUGGCAACUACAAGCAGGCCCUUUUGCAGUACGAGGCAAUGAACAACCCGCUUUACGCCGCUUGCUGCUAUUUCUAUUUAGGGAUGUAUCAAGAAUCGCGCGAAUUAGUUCUCAAAUCACCAAAAUGUCCAUUGCAGGUUAGACUUUCGUUUCAUUUGGCUCACAAAACCGGUGAUGAAGUAAGCGUCUUAGAGUUCCAUAGGCAACUACGUGAUGUUGCUGAAGACCAACUGUCUUUGGCGGCUGUUCACUUUUUACGCACCAACUACCAAGAAGCAAUCGACAUCUACAAGCGACUUGUUUUACAAAACAAGGAUCUCAUGGCCCUUCAUGUCUAUAUUGCCCUGUGCUACUACAAACUGGAUUUCUACGAUGUUUCUCAAGAAGUACUGUCCGUUUAUCUACAAAAAAAUGCGGAUUCGCUAAUCGCUAUUAAUCUGAAAGCUUGCAACAUUUACCGACUGUAUAAUGGCCGCAGCGCCGAAUCUGAGAUUCGUCCGCUGUUGGAGGCUCAAGUCAAUUGUCCGUUCGGUAAAGAUUUAUUGAAUCACAAUCUCGUCAUUUUCCGAAACGGAGAUGGAGCUCUUCAAGUGCUACCACCAUUAGUUGACGUCAUUCCAGAGGCCAAACUUAACUUGAUCAUUUACUACUUACGACAAGAUGAAACAAAGGAAGCUUUCGAUUUAAUGCAAGACGUCAAUCCAAGCCUGCCGGCCGAGUACAUUUUGAAGGGAAUCGUGUAUGCACUUAUUGGACAGGAAACAAAUAACAAAGAGUACUUGGAUACAGCAAUCCAAUAUUUGCAUCUCGUUGGAGGUAGCGCGAGUGAGUGUGACACAAUACCUGGACGUCAGUGUGUCGCUUCAGCCUUUUUCCUUCAACGUCAAUACGAGGACGUCUUGUUGUACUUCAAUUCAAUCAAAUCAUAUCUGAGUAAUGACGAUACUUUCAAGUUCAAUUUGGCACAGGUGCAAACAAUAUUAGGACACUACAAAGAAGCAGAAGAGGAACUUGUUACCAUCCAGAGCGCAAAGUACCGGAGCGAGUACAACUAUAUCGAGUGUUUAACACGAUGCCUGGUGAUGAACCGCAAAGCUGUUCAGGCCUGGGAGAUAUACUCCAGAAUGGAAACAUCUGCAGAAUCUUUGGGAAUUCUUCACUUACUGGCUAAUGAUUGUUACCGUACUGGGCAGUUUUACGUGGCAGCAAAAGCGUUCGAUAUUUUGGACAAAUAUGAUCCGAAUCCAGAACACGCAGCUGCAAAACGUGGUGCGUGCGUAGGUUUACUUCAAAUGGUUUUGGCAGGGCGAGAGCAUAGGGAGGCUUUAAGUGAAGUUGUCAAUUUAAUGCGUGGAUCUCCUGACCCCCAGAUGGAUCAUAUUUUGAGAGUCAUAACCAAUUGGGCAAAAGAAAAUCGAGUUAAAAUGUAAAAUAGCCUUCCAUGGCGUUUAAAUGAUGCAUUUCUGGACUAGUUGUAGGUUAUAGUUCUUGCAAAUCAGAUGAAUGAUUACCUGCCAACUCUAAAAAACAUUGUUCGCAUAUUCGAAUUCCUAUCAAAAGAACUCUAUGAACGAUGGACCCACAUAAUUAGCAAUGUAGCU